AGGAAGUAAAAUAUAUUCAUGGAACUCAUGUCUCCUCCAGAUGCUCCCUGGAAGCCCACAUUACUUGGAACAUUCUAGUCUUGAUGAGUACUUUUUUGUCUCUCUAUAUUAUCUCCUGCAUCUUUCACAUUUGUUUUUCUCUUUUCUUAUAAUUUUUUUUUUAAGAAACCCAGUUAGGGCUGUUGAAAACUUUGACACUGGUCACUUGGUGCUUCCCAAUGGCAAGUCCCUGCAUCUUCAUCAGCCAAUUCUUCAAACUGCCUGAGCCCUGUUUGAUUGGAUAAAGAAUAAAAAGCACCCCUCAAAUCUUUAAAGUAUUUUAAUUGAAUAUGUUUUCAUAGAGAUGUUUUAUCUAUGAAUCACUCUCAGAAUAUAAGUAGCCCUAUGGAACUAUGAUAUCACAGGAUCAUGAUAAAUAAACACAGUGGGGUUUCUGCUCCAAAGUAAGUCAUACAAUGAGCAGCAAUCACAAGUAGCCUGCUCUCAUCCUAAUGUUUAAUUUACUGAUAUGGUCGUGUCUGCUGUGGGGGGAUGGGGAGCUUGCAAUGACUUCCAAUGUCAAGCAAUGAGGCAGUCUGUAACUUAUAGACAUGUCGCAACUCAACUUCAAGUUUUGUUUCAUGUAUUACACAGAUGAGUCUUAGAAUUUUAGAAAAUGUGUGACAACAAAUUAGACACUGUUAAGUCUUCUAAUCAAGAAAUAGAAGCCGCUUUCGGGUCUUGGCUCCAAGAUGACCAAAAAAAGAAGAAACAACGUUCGGGCCAAAAAGGGCUGCGGCCAUGUGCAGCCAAUCCGAUGCACGAACUGCGCCCGGUGCGUGCCCAAAGACAAGGCCAUUAAGAAGUACGUCAUUUGGAACAUUGUAGAGGCCGCUGCUGUCAGGGACAUAUCCGAAGCAAAUGUCUUCGACGCCUAUGUGCUUCCCAAGCUCUAUGUCAAGCUGCAUUACUGUGUGAGCUGUGCUAUUCAUAGCAAGGUAGUCAGGAAUCGAUCCUGUGAAGCCCGCAAGGACUGGACACCCCCACCACUAUUUAGACCUGCUGGUGCUGCACCAUGAUCUCUACCAAAGUCCAUGUAAAGAGAUGGCUUCAUAAAGACAGAAGAAAAAACACCUUGGAAAAAUAAAAUGGGACCUAACCAAAAAAAAAAAAAAAAAAA